AUGGCAGGCAAUAAUAGGACUGAGCGUACACCUUUGCUCGAUGGCGAUGCGCCCGAAGCCGAUCGUACUGACUCAACCGAGUCGAUUAGUACUCGUUUCAAGCGCUUCUUGCAACGCAAUGGUGUCUAUCUCAUCAUUAUACUUCUGCUGCUGCUGGUCCUCAUUCCGUUGAUUAUUCAGACCAUUCGUAGCAGCACUGGUCACCAUGAUUCUCAUGAUCAUGACGAAACACCUUCUGAUCCUCCAUCAAACGAUACUGAGCUUUGUACAUCUGCCGCAUGUGUGCUCGCAUCUGCCAACAUCAUUCGCAGCCUUGCGCCAAACUACGAGAAGCUGGAUCCAUGUGAUGACUUCCGCACAUAUGUCUGCGCUGGCUUUGAUGCUUCGCACGAGAUUCGUGAGGAUCAAGCUGGCGUGGGCAACCUCCAAAUCAUGAACGAGAACAACCAGCUCAUCUUGAAGCACAUUCUGGAGUCUCCUGCUCCUGAGGAUACUUCACUGUUCUGGACUGCAGCCAACCCGGAUAAGGAGAUUUUCAGCAAGUUGCAAGAUGGCUACAACGCCUGCAUGAACGAGACCCUGCUUGCUGAUAUCGGAUCAAAGCCUUUGUUGGACGUUCUCUUCAAGCUUGACAAGAUUUAUGCUACGGAAAAUCCCAAGUCGAGCAAGAAAGAUGAAUCACUCACCAAGGCCAUCGAAUACCUUAUGGAGAUUGGCGUCUCAGGUCCGGUUUCCGUUGACGUUGGUGCUGAUGACAAAGAUCCUGAUGUCAAUAUCGUCUCUGUCGGUGCUCCGUACUCAUUUGGAUUGCCCAGUAAGCAGUACUAUGAACGUGAAGAGAUCGUCGCGUCAUACAAAGGAACUAUCGGAACUGUCUUGGAGGCUCUUCUCAAAGAAGCCAACCCAAAAGCCUUCUCCUUCAUGUAUGAUGGAGAAAACGAACCAUCAACACUGAGCAAAGAUCUUGUCGAUAGCCUAGUGGCACUCGAGAAAUCCAUGGCUGAUGCUGCUCCUGACCCUGAGGAUGCUGCCGAUGUCACGAAGUACUACAACCCGCGUACGUUGAAGGAGACCGAGAGCUACAACUCUGAGAUUUCUGUCAAGCAUAUCUUGGAUACAUUCGCCAGUGACUACACUCCUUCGAAGAUCAUCGUUGGCUCGCCCGAUUAUCUCAAGAAGCUUUCCAAGAUUCUCAAGUCGUCGUCAAGAAACACUAUCAAGACCUACUUGGUCUGGAAGGUCGUGCAAUCGUGGGGUGGAGCUGUUGAGGACCCAGCCGUACAACCCCUUCUACGCUUCAGAAACAAGCUGCAAGGCAAAGCCCCUGAUGUCAAGCAAGAGCGUUGGAGAACGUGCGUGAGCAAUGUUGGCAGCGAUCUUGAAUGGAUCAUGAGCCGCUUCUUCGUGGAACGUGCAUUCUCCAAGGAGGCCAAGGACUUGGGUGAUCAGAUCAUCCUCGACAUCAAGGACGAGUUCACCAUCAAGCUCAACGAAUCAGAAUGGAUGACCGAAAGCGUUCGUCAGCUCGCAAUCGAAAAGGUGCAUCUCAUUCGCCAAAAGAUCGGUUACCCCACUCAAAGCCCUGACAUAACCAAUGCCGGAGAAUUGCAAGAAUACUACAGCAACAUCAGCAUUUCCCCAACCACAUACUUCGCAAACAAGUUGUCAGUGGUUACUCACGACGUCCGCGAAAGCUGGUCACAGGUGGGCAAGCCAGUCGAUAAAGAUGAGUGGGGAAUGAGCGCUCAAACGGUCAAUGCCUAUUAUAACCCUCCCGGGAACGAGAUCGUGUUUCCGGCAGGAAUUAUGCAAGCUCCAGUCUUCUACGACCCUUCCAUCCCUAAGUACCUGUCUUACGGGGCUUUCGGAGCUGUUGCUGGUCAUGAGCUAUCACACGCUUUCGACUCAUCCGGCAGAAACUACGAUCAGAACGGCAACUACACUGAUUGGUGGGACAAGUCCACGAUCGAGGCCUUCAAGACCAAGACUGAUUGCUUCGUCGAGCAAUAUCAUAACUACACUGUCCCCACAAAGAGUGGUCGUCUGCCAAUCAAUGGCAAGCUUACAUUGGGUGAAAACAUUGCAGAUGCUGGUGGUCUUACCGCUGCUUACCAGUCCUGGAAGCGUCGCGAUGACGAGAAGGCAGAUCUCAAGUUGCCUGGCCUGGACCACUUCACAAAGGAGCAGGUCUUCUUCCUCGCAUAUGGUCAAACGUGGUGUGGCAAGAUGAGGGAGGAGCAAAUCGUGCAGAGAAUCUACACUGACCCUCACAGCCCUGACAUGUUCAGAAUUAAGGGUACAACCGCCAAUUCACGCGAGUUCAGAGAAGCCUUCAGCUGUCCUAUUAAGGCACCCACUUGUGAGCUUUGGUAA